AUGCGCUCCUGGUCCUCCACUAUCGCCCUCGGGUGCUUGAUAGCACCCUUCCCAGCUCUGGCCCGUUCCAUUGCUGGAAGAAAAACUGCCUCUACUCUCUGCGCAACAGAUAGUCGCCAGAUUGUCUCCAACUCAAGUGACACUGCCGUUUGGAACUGGCAGGCCUACAAGUCUUCCAACAUCACACCCCCAUACCUAUCAAUCAACCGUACCGGUGAGGAUCUGGCUUCUGGCCUACUCUUCAUUGGCCAAGAGAACGAUUCCGGAAGUGGCGUCGAAGAAGUUGCGCCCUUCAUUAUUUCUGAUGACAAUAAAUUGGUCUGGGGCGGUCCCGUCGGCGAUUCGUCAAAUUUCCGCCAGCAAUACUGGGGAGAUAAGUCUGUCAUCACCUUCUGGACAGGCACUGGUGCAGCUGCCUAUGGCGCUGAUGUCGGUCGUGGAUGGGGUGAGGUGCAGAUUUAUGAUGACACCUACAAGUUGAUCAACACUGUGUGUUUGCAAAUCAACUUGACUAUGCCCACUGGUACUACGACAAAUUGCGAUGCCGAUGUUCACGAAUCGUUUAUCACAGAGGACAACACCAUGCUGUUGACUGCUUAUAAUACCUCCCAAGCUGAUUUGACAUCGCUUGGUGGACCCAGUGAUGGAUGGGUCUAUGAUUCCAUCGCUGUUGAAUAUGAUCUUGCCACAAACAAACCCAUUUGGAGCUGGAGCCCGCUCGCUCACGUCGAUGUCAACUUGACUCAUUACCCCUACGACGGCUCCAGCCAAACCGCUCCCUUUGACUGGUUCCACAUGAACUCCAUCCAGAAGUGGGGAGACCACUACCUGAUCAACUCCCGUCAUCUGUGGCGUACUUUCUUGGUGAACCGCGCUGGAGAGAUUGUCUGGUAUAUCGACGGUCAGGACGGAGGUGACUUUGGCAGUAUCCCUACCAAUGGAAACUUCUCCUGGCAACACAUGGCCCGCCUCCGCAACACUUCCAACCCCAACGAGGUCCUGCUGAGCUACUUCGCCAACGACCUUGACUCGGCCACCGCAACCAACCCUACAAAGGGUACCACCCUCCGCCUGACCCUUCCUCCCAACGCAAAGAACCCCCCUACCCUCGAGACCGACUUCUACGACCACGAAUACCCUGUCUCUUCCGCCGCCGAGGGCUCCUUCACCCCACUGGAUAACGGAAACACUCUGAUGGGAUACGGCGAUGAGCCCUACAUCAAGGAAUACGGUCCAUCCGGUGACGUGCGGUGGUCCGCUCAGUAUGCAGGCAAGAACCUUGGCCAGAGCUACCGCGUCUACAAGCAAGAGUGGACAGCCACUCCAUACUACAAGCCCAGUCUCGUCGUUGAGACCGCUGCCUCCGAGGAUACUCUGAGCGCAUGUGCUGGAAAGUCCUCAACUCUCCGAGGCUAUGUUAGCUGGAAUGGAGCUACCAGUGUUGAGGGGUGGGAGGUCUAUGUUGGCACUAGCGCGAGCAGCCUUACGACGCUGGGCGAGGUCGAGAACAAGGGAUUCGAGACCCAGUUCUCGCUCCCGGCUGGUACCAAGGUGGUACAGGUUGGCGCUGUGCAGGCUGGUCGUGUUGUAUCGAAGUCUGCUGUUGUGCGUGUCUAA